UCAAAUUCAAAUUGUGAUUGUGCCAAGCGAAGCUUGGGCAUUGGAAUUUGGAUAUUUUUUUAUAAAAUUCCUGAAAGAAACAUUGUAAUAUUUUUUAUAAUAAAACCACAACAAUGAGUGAAAAACUUAAGGAGUUGCGCGAGAGGUCUCAGAAACGAAAGAAAUUGCUAGCACAAACGUUAGGAGUGUCGAGUGUGAGUGAGCUGCGGCAUGCGCUAGGAGCAACUGUGGAUGUGCUGCCGAAGAAGCAGGCGUCGACCGAGUAUACUGCUGAUGGUAACGAGAAACCUACACAGAAGGAAACUGAUAGCCUUGUUUAUACCGACUCUUCUACUUUUCUGAAGGGUACCCAAUCGUCCAACCCUCACAAUGACUACUGCCAGCACUUCGUGGACACGGGGCAGCGGCCACAGAACUUCAUCCGCGACGUGGGGCUGGCGGACAGGUUCGAGGAGUACCCCAAGCUGCGCGAGCUCAUCAAGCUGAAGGACGAGCUAAUCGCCCGCACUGCCACUCCGCCCAUGUACUUGAAGUGUGACCUCAAGACGUUCGACCUCAAGUCAAUGGGCAGUAAGUUCGACGUGGUACUGGUGGAGCCGCCGCUGGGCGCGGGCUGGCGCUGGCGCGACGUUCUGGCGUUGGAGCUGCAUCACAUCGCUCAGCCGCGCUCCUUUGUGUUCCUCUGGUGCGGCAGUUCUGAGGGCUUGGACAUGGGGAGGGAGUGCCUUAAGAAGUGGGGUUUCCGGCGCUGUGAGGACAUCUGCUGGAUCAAAACCAACAUCAAUAACCCUGGACACUCCAAAAACCUGGAGCAUAACGCCGUGUUCCAGCGGACCAAGGAGCACUGCCUCAUGGGCAUCAAAGGCACUGUGCGGAGGUCGGUGGACGGCGACUUUAUCCACGCGAACGUGGACAUAGACCUUAUUAUAUCUGAGGACCCAGAGUUCGGCAGCAGCGAGAAACCCAUAGAGAUCUUCCACAUCAUGGAGCAUUUCUGCCUGGGCCGCAGAAGAGUGCAUCUCUUCGGCAAAGACUCCACCAUCCGACCAGGUUGGGUCACCAUUGGGCAUGAGUUAACUAAUUCCAACUUCAACGCAGAACUGUACGCUUCAUACUUCACUGAGGGCCGCGAAACCACCGGCUGCACCGAGCGGAUAGAAGCCCUGAGGCCCAAAAGUCCCCCCAAUACUAGUAAAGGGGCCCGGCCUAGGGGGAGGGGAGGAUUCAGGGGCAGGGGUCGCGGGAGAGGCGCUAUUUAGUGGUAUUUUAUACUAUCAUAUGGACUUGUGGAAUAUUUACUAUUGGUAACACUAACAAUUAACACCACAUUCUAACAUCAGGAUUCAUAGUCAAGACUUUAAAGGACGAUUCAGACACAUCCUUAGUCAAAAAAUCUAAAUCAAAAAUCAUUUAUCCAAAGUAAGUUUUAUUGUACUCCUUUUGAUGGUCAGAAUUGGUAGAUUUGUAAGAUGAUAUAGUGGUGAUUUUUAAUUACGUACACUAAAAACUACGAGGGUUCCGGACGCGCCCGGUCUGAGAAGACCCCUCAAUAAACUCAGCGUUCAACUUUUUUUUUUGUUGGCUUAUACUAUUUGCUUACGCGAGAGACGUAAUAUGUGAUGAAUAUGAAAAGGUAGAUAAAUAAGCCUCAGCUUCAUACAAAUGUGCCCAAGGUUCUGUCUCCAAUAACUGUAAGUACAUGAUAUGGCAUGGUUUUGUUAGUGUUGCCAAUAGAUAGCGAUAUGUAAGCGUGUAUCGAGUGACAAUUUUAUUAUUUUUAAUAUAAUAAUUUUAAUAUUUUA